GCACCUCCUACUGGCAGCAAGACCUAUAUACUUUGCUCGAUUCUUCAUUCAACACUGAUCUCCCUUGCGGCCCUUCCCGAUGAGGAAAUCCUUACAGCCGAGUUAGAUGAUGCGUCUGACGAACUAGACGACGAUGGUACUCCUGCACCAUCUCAAAUCCAAGGCAGCCGUCGUCCUCGUCGCUCGCAGUCUACAAGUUUAUCUCCUCCGACUUGCACUGGAACCCUCCUAUCCUUCUCUUCCCCUACAUUACCUGCACUCGAGAACGUCGCAGCGUUCGGCAUACAGAAUAUCAUUCUCUCCCUCAUUCUCACUUCUGGACGGCUCAUAAGCGACCGUGAGCCACGAGGAGCGUUAAGGCAAUUACAUUUACCUAUGGGGGCUAGUGUCCCUCUAGGUCGUAGUGCGCAUGAUCACUCGUCUGGAACCGGGGGCACUGCGACCUUCACGAUAGAAGCGUAUCUGCAAUUGCUCAUUAGGCAAGGGUACAUCAACCGCGUCGUCUCCGGAGAAGCCGGUAAACCUGCCAAGGCCGCUGGCGGUAAACGCGGGCGCCUUUCUACAGCUGGUGGCAAUCUAGAUGGCGAGGAUGGGGAGAAUAAGUACGAAUGGCGUUGGGGUCCUCGAACGCAUAGCGAGAUUGGAGAGAAGGCGGUACAGGAGUUCGUCGCAGAGUUUGGUUUAUUUUGUUCUUAA